CCUAGAUGUAGAAGUGAUGAAGCAGUCCGUUUGUCCUGGCAUAAAAUGCAGCUGUGGCUUUUCAACCAGAUUAAUUUUUUUAGGAACACAGUUUUGUGUAUUUUCCUCAGAAGAGACUUUCACAAGAGAAAACAGAAAUGAGAGGAAUCUGGUUUAAAUUGCAAUACAAGAAAUUUAGAUUAAACAUUAAGAGUGACCAGAAAGUGAAGUCCCAGAUACUGAAGUGAUUUAUUGUCAACAAGAAAGUAUGGUGUUUUGAAGUAUGAUUAGACUCCCGAUGCUGCAGCAGAGGCUAAGACUAUUAAUGGCCAGAUCUCGCAUUCACAUGGUCUUCUGAAGAAGCCAUGGGUAGCUGUUGUAGCUGUCCAGAUAAAGACACUGUCCCAGAUAACCAUCGGAACAAGUUUAAGGUCAUUAAUGUGGAUGAUGAUGGGAAUGAGUUAGGUUCUGGAAUAAUGGAACUCACAGACACAGAAUUGAUUUUAUAUACUCGAAAACGUGACUCAGUAAAAUGGCACUACCUCUGCCUACGACGUUAUGGCUAUGAUUCAAAUCUCUUUUCUUUUGAAAGUGGUCGAAGGUGUCAAACUGGACAAGGAAUCUUUGCCUUUAAGUGUGCCCGUGCAGAAGAAUUAUUUAACAUGUUGCAAGAGAUUAUGCAAAAUAAUAGUAUAAAUGUGGUGGAAGAGCCAGUUGUAGAAAGAAAUAAUCACCAGACAGAAUUGGAAGUUCCUAGAACACCGCGGACACCUACAACUCCAGGGUUUGCUGCUCAGAACUUACCUAAUGGAUAUCCCCGCUACCCCUCAUUUGGAGACGCUUCCUCCCAUCCGUCAAGCAGGCAUCCUUCCGUGGGAAGUGCUCGUCUGCCCUCCGUUGGCGAGGAAUCCACACAUCCUUUGCUUGUGGCUGAGGAACAAGUGCAUACUUACGUCAACACCACGGGUGUGCAGGAAGAGCGGAAAACACGGGCCAGCGCACAUGUGCCGGUGGAGGCGAGGGUUUCCAGUGCUGAAAACAGCACACCGAAAGAAGAGCCAAGUGGGAUUGAGGACAGGGACCCGCAGGUUCUUCUUGAACCCGAAGGAGUCAAAUUCGUCUUGGGCCCCACCCCUGUUCAAAAGCAGUUAAUGGAGAAAGAGAAACUGGAGCAGCUUGGACGAGAUCCAGUCGUCGGAGGCGGUGCAAAUAGCUCAGACUGGGACACUGGCUACGACAGUGACGAGCGGAGAGAGGCACCCUCUGCGACCAAGCUGGUGUACGAGAACAUCAACGGGCUGUCCAUCCCUAGUGCCUCGGGGGUCAGGAGAGGGCGCCUGGCAUCCACCAGCGCCUCCGACACGCAGAACAUCAACAACUCUGCGCAGAGGAGAACUGCGUUACUAAACUAUGAAAACUUGCCGUCUUUGCCUCCGGUGUGGGAAGCCCGGAAGCUCAGUCGGGACGAAGAGGACCCUGUAGGACCAAAGACCCCCUCUCUCAAUGGCUACCACAAUAAUCUCGACCCGAUGCAUAACUAUGUAAAUACAGAGAAUGUCACCGUGCCAGCAAGUGCUCACAAAAUCGAAUACUCGAGGCGGCGGGACUGCACGCCGACGGUCUUUAACUUUGACCUCAGACGCCCGAGUUUAGAACACAGGCAGCUCAAUUACAUCCAGGUGGACUUGGAGGGUGGCAGUGACUCGGACAACCCGCAGACCCCCAAAACGCCCACCACGCCCCUCCCGCAGACCCCGACCAGGCGCACCGAGCUGUACGCGGUGAUCGACAUCGAGAGGACUGCCGCCAUGUCUAACUUGCAGAAAGCCUUGCCCCGGGACGACGGCACCUCGAGGAAAACCCGGCACAAUAGUACUGAUCUGCCCAUGUGA